AUGGCACGACCUUUUACAAGCCUUACAGAAAAAGGAUUAGGAUAUUCAGAAUGCAAUGAGACAUAUUUUAGUGUCCAAUAUGGAGGAUAUUUAGUAGUGAAAGGUCGACCUAGGCGUGUAGCUCAGCAGGUGACUUAUUUUCAUUGCUUUUAUGUUGAUUUGUAUUGUCAUGCGAUAGACUCAAUCUUGCAAGAGUUGAAUGAUCGUUUUCCAGAAACAACUACUGAACUCUUUACUUGCAUUUCAUGUUUAAGUUCAAGAGAUUCAUUUGCAGCUUUUGAUAAGAAUAAAUUGCUACGUCUUGCUCAGUUCUAUCCUUUGGAUUUCAAUAGCGAAGAGCUUUUAUUACUUAGACCUCUACUUGAUAAGUUUCUUUUGCUUGUGAGAAUGGACGAAACUUUCUUUAAUCUUAAUAGCAUAUCUUGUAUAGCUCAGAAGUUGGUUGAAACUGGAAGUUCCUGUUAUUUUCCAUUGGUUUAUAGGCUGCUCACCUUGGCAUUGAUAUUACCUGUGACAACUGCAAGUGUUGAAAGGGUAUUUUCUGCUAUGAAUCUAAUCAAAAGUGAUUUACACAACAAAAUGGGAGAUGACUGGUUGACUGACAAUUUGGUGGUUUACGUGGAGAAAGCUAUUUUAAAAAAACUUGAGAACGAGGCAAUAUUGCAACGUUUUCAAAUCAUGACAUCCCGUAGAAUACAGUUGUCUAAAUUUACAGUUACAGAGUAA